AUGAAGCCAGGGAAAAAGAAAGUUCUCGCCAUGAAGGUGCGAUAUGCCAAUCCGAAUCGCCUCUAUCAACGCAAACGGAGCGUGAAGGCGCACCAUCUGGCAUGGAUGAGCAACCUAGAAGCCGUCACGGCAGCAAAGCUCUACGAAAAUUCGACCGAGAAACGGAACUGGUCGAUUCUUCGCCAUGCAGACAGUAUCAGCCUACAAAAUGUGCGAAAAGCCGAGCGAGAGAAGCAAGGAUCCUUCAAAAAUCUAUCCGAAAGAGAAGAGCAGAUAGAACGAUACAGAAAGUCAGAAAACAAGGCUACUAAACGACAACUCAAAAAAGGACUGGCUGGUGAUAUCGAGAUUCUGAAAAGCGAGAUGGAGGAUCUCAAAAAGAAGGUUAACACUCUACAGCCACUCCUGUCUGAGCGACACAAGAGAAAACGAGUCUUUCCAAGACGAUCUCAGCUAGACCAGAAAAGCCUGUAG